AUGCAGGCCUCGUCGCAGCAGCUGCAGCCUCCGCCGUCGCACGCCAGCAUGAGCGAAGGGGGCGCGUUCGCAAACGCGGGGAACCUGGAGCACUGCGCCCGGUACCUUAACCAGACGCUCGUCACCUUCGGAUUCCCCGCAUCUCUCGACCUCUUCGCCACCGAUCCGGUCUCGAUUGCAAGAACAUGUAACUGCAUCUAUGCACUGCUGCAGCAGCGGCAGAGGGAUAUUGAGUUCAGGGAGUCCACAAAUGACCAGCGGCAGCGGAUGCAAUCUGAUAUAUCACGACUGGAAGCCAAGAUUGAGAGAAUGGAUGCUCAAUUAGCAGCGAAAGAUCGAGAGCUAGCCACUCUUACUCGAACGGAGGCCAAAAACACUGCUGCUCUGAAGUCUCAGAUUGAUAAGCUGCAGCAAGAACGUGAUGAAUUUCAGAAAAUGGUUAUAGGAAAUCAGCAAGUACGCACCCAGCAAAUUCAUGAAAUGAAGAAGAAAGAGAAGGAAUACAUAAAGUUGCAGGAGAAGCUAAACCAGGUAUUGAUGGAGAAGAAAAAAGAAUCAUCCCGUUCUGGAAUGGAGAUAAUGAACUUGUUGCAGAAAGAAGGACGGCAACGUGGAACAUGGAAUGGAAAAAAGAAUGACAAUGAUUAUUACAAAAUGAUUGUUGAUGCAUAUGAAGUGAAGAAACAAGAGCUGAUGCAAGAGAAUGCAGAUUUACGGGCACUGUUACGUUCAAUGCAGAUGGACAUGCGUGAGUUCCUCAAUGCCCCAAAUGGGUCAUCACAACCUACUGUUACUGCUAAUGGAAGACAGGAGUCAGGGUCUCCUCAGUCUCCACUUGGUGGCAAGACGGAUGUCUUUGACCUGCCCUUUCAUAUGGCCAGAGAUCAUAUAGAAGAGAGUUUGCGCACAAAAAUGACUUCAAUCAAGGCACGAAUGACACAACUUCAAGAUGCUCAGAAAGGUGCAGAAGUGACUUCAGAGGCAACUGACCGGGAGCUUGAGCUUGAAGCUCAACUGGUUGAAGCAAGAAGCAUCAUCCAAGAGCAGGCUUCCAUCAUGUCGAAGCACUUCACCAAGUCUGAUAAGCCAAGUCCACUCCAACCAGACCUUCAAUUCAUGUAUCCCCUCGCAGUGGCAGGAGGCAUAGCGGUCUGGAUGGCGAGCGCGAGGCAUCUGCCGAGGUGUAAAAACAUGUCUGUAGCAAGGAUAUCUGUUCUGCAAGGCCUCCUGUUUUUAUUAAGUACUGAGAUGUCGAAAAUUGAUUGGAACGUAGAGAACACUCGGAUCCUAUGUGGUUUGAUGGCUGAACAAAUUGAGAAAGGAAACCGGCCAAAUACAUUCUUGAAUUCAGUUGGUUAUGCUGCGGUUGAAAAAGGAUUCAAAGAUAGAACGGGUAUUGAAUUGACCAAGGGGCAAAUGAAGAACAAGUGGGAUAAAUUGAAGAAAGAUUUAAAGGCAUGGAAAAAGCUUAAGAUGAGGCAAACAGGAACCGGUUGGAACCGUAAUAAUAGCACUAUUGAUAUGGACGAUGAAUGGUGGAAGAAAGCUAGAGCUAUAAGUGUUAUAUGUAUUUAG